AUGACCAGCUCUGUGCUGGUUCAGGGCAACGCUCCCCGCUGGUUGGUCAGGAGCCAGCAUAGCCCAGCGGUGAGGCACAUCAGCAACACCGCCGAUGGUGGUACCCAUGCCAGGAAGGGGAAUUACUGGACCCUCGAUCCAAACUGUGAGAAAAUGUUUGACAACGGGAACUUCCGUCGGAAGCGGAAGCGCCGCUCCGAAGCCAGCAGCUCCUCCGCGGCGGCCCCAGGGACCACAAAAUCGGAAGACGGGCUCUCCUCAGGAUUGGGGUCGGGAGUGGCCGCGAAGCCGGAAGGGGACAGCCCGACGGCUUUGCUAAGGCCGUCCCAGUCCCCAGAGCCUCCCGAGGGCACCAAAAGUACCGCCUCGUCCCCGGGAGGCUCCCUGCUCACCUCCACCCCCUGCCUCAACACCUUCUUCAGCAGCCUCAGCACCUUGAGUGUCAGCGGCAGUGGGGGCACCCAGCGGGCCCUCCCUGGCGGCCGCCACCUGGGAAUCCAGGGGGCCCAGCUGCCCUCCAGCAGCGCCUUCCCCCCCAGCUCGGUCUCGGAAGCCGCGCCGGACACCUUGCCGCUGAGCUCCGGCGCCAGCAGCAGCAGCCAGAGGCCUUCCUACUGCAGCCCUUUCCCUGCCGGCUCCAGCGGGGGGCAAAGCAGCCCCUUCAGCAGCCCUUUCUACAACUUCAGCAUGGUCAACAGCCUCAUCUACCCCCGCGAGGGCUCCGAGGUAUAG